UUUUGUUUAUAUUUUGCUGGGAACGUUUCUGUGCGAAAAAUCUAUUUUUCCGUGAUAAAUUCUGAUAAAGACGUCGUGUUUGAUACGUAAAAGUGAUCCAGAAACAUGAGCGGUUCAAGUUCACGUCGAAGACGUCAUGAGAGCUCGAGUUCGGAGAGUCUGGACAGCGCAGAAGAGGAGCGCCUUCGUGAUAUCAAGGAAAGGGAUGAAUUCGCCAGUAGGCUGAAGAAGCGGGAUGAGGACAAGACGCGGCGGGUGCUGGAGACGUCUUCGAAGAAGGCUUAUGAGGAGGCGGCCAAGAGAUUGAAGUUGGAAGUGGAGGACAGGGAUAAAAUGCUGCCACAGUUGAGAAUUGCCUCCCGAAGGAAGUAUCUGGAGAAGCGGAAGGAGGACAAAGUGGCAGAACUGGAGGCUGACAUAAUUGACGAUGAGUAUCUGUUUGAUGACACCGUGCUGACAGCGAAGGAGAAAGAGGACAGGGCGUAUAAGAAGCAAAUCCUCCAGAUUGCCAAAGAACAUGAGAAAGCGAGGGAGUUGGAGCGCAUCCAGCGCUAUCAUAUGCCGCAGGAUAUCAAGAAGGGAGACAAGAGUGAAUAUGUUGAGGUGGAUGAGCGUGAGAAAAUGCCUAAUUCUGAGCAGAAGAAGUGGGAAGCUGAGCAAUUGGCUUCGGCGGUGUUUAAGUUCGGAGCGAAAGACGCCGGAUCAUCGCGACAACAGGAGGAGUAUGAUCUUUUGCUGGAUGAUCAAAUUGAAUUCAUCCAAGCUCUAACUCUCGAGGGCUCCAAGGACAAGGACAAGGGGAAGAAGGUGGAACUGACGGAGGCACAGCGUCGGAAGAUGGACAUUGAGGACACGAAGAAAUCCCUGCCUGUGUAUCCAUUCAAGGAAGAUCUGAUUGCGGCGAUUGGAGAGCAUCAGAUUCUCAUAAUUGAGGGCGAGACAGGUUCCGGGAAGACUACACAGAUCCCUCAAUAUCUCUAUGAGGCGGGCUACACGCGGGAUUCCAGGAAGAUUGGCUGUACGCAGCCCAGGAGAGUUGCUGCCAUGUCCGUAGCAGCUCGAGUGGCUCAAGAGAUGAGCGUGAAGCUGGGAAAUGAGGUGGGCUACAGCAUUCGAUUUGAGGACUGCACGUCUGAGAGAACUGUGAUCAAGUACAUGACGGACGGAACUCUCCACAGGGAGUUUCUUUCUGAGCCAGAUUUGGCUUCCUAUAGUGUCAUGAUCAUUGACGAGGCGCACGAAAGGACUCUGCACACGGACAUUCUGUUUGGCUUGGUGAAGGACAUUGCACGCUUCCGGCCAGAGCUGAAGUUGUUAAUUUCCAGCGCGACAUUGGAUGCUGAGAAAUUCUCAGCAUUCUUUGAUGACGCUCCCAUCUUCAGAAUCCCCGGAAGGCGAUUUCCUGUGGACAUUUACUAUACAAAAGCGCCUGAGGCGGACUACAUUGAUGCUUGUGUGGUGUCUGUCCUGCAGAUUCACGCCACGCAGCCUUUGGGAGACAUUCUGGUGUUUCUCACUGGUCAAGAGGAGAUUGAGACAUGUAAUGAGAUGCUGACGGACAGAGUGAAGAGGUUGGGAUCAAAGCUGAAGGAGCUCAUGAUUCUGCCGGUGUACGCGAACCUCCCCAGCGACAUGCAGGCAAAGAUCUUUGAGCCAACUCCACCGAAUGCCAGGAAAGUUGUCCUGGCCACGAAUAUUGCUGAAACGUCCCUGACAAUUGAUAAUAUCAUCUACGUAAUCGAUCCGGGAUUUGCGAAGCAAAACAAUUUCAAUUCCCGAACGGGAAUGGAGACUCUGAUGGUGGUGCCGAUCUCCAAGGCGUCGGCUAAUCAAAGGGCAGGACGAGCUGGUCGAACAGCGCCUGGGAUGUGCUUUCGGCUAUACACAGCGUGGGCGUACAAGCACGAAUUAGAGGACAAUACAGUGCCGGAGAUUCAGAGGAUUAAUCUGGGCAAUGCUGUGCUGACACUGAAGGCGUUGGGCAUCAAUGAUCUGCUGCAUUUCGACUUUCUGGAUCCGCCGCCGCAUGAAACGCUGGUGUUGGCAUUGGAGCAGUUGUACGCUCUGGGGGCGCUCAAUCAUCACGGGGAGUUGACGAAGUUGGGCAGGCGAAUGGCGGAGUUUCCCGUGGAUCCGAUGAUGGCGAAGAUGCUGCUGGCCAGUGAGAAGUACAAGUGCUCGGAAGAGGUGGUGACCAUCGCUGCCAUGCUCUCUGUCAACAGUGCCAUAUUCUAUCGGCCCAAAGACAAGAUCAUUCACGCCGACACGGCGAGGAAGAACUUCAAUCACAUGCACGGUGACCACCUGAGUCUGCUUCAAGUGUACAAUCAGUGGGCGGACACGGACUUUAGCACUCAGUGGUGCUAUGAGAAUUUCAUCCAGUAUCGCUCUAUGAAGCGAGCUCGCGACGUCCGAGAGCAGCUGGUGGGAUUGAUGCAGCGCGUGGAGAUUGACAUGGUGUCAGGAUUGCCUGAAACGAUGAACAUCCGGAAAGCCAUCACGGCGGGAUACUUUUAUCACAUUGCCCGCUUGUCCAAGGGUGGGAAUUACAAAACAAUCAAGCACAAUCAAACGGUCAUGAUCCAUCCCAACUCGGCGCUGUUUGAGGAUCUGCCGCGGUGGGUGCUCUACCACGAGCUGGUUUUCACCACGAAGGAGUACAUGAGGCAGGUGACGGAGAUUGAGAGCAAGUGGCUGCUGGAAGUCGCGCCGCACUACUAUAAGCCCAAGGAGUUGGAGGAUUCGACCAACAAGAAGAUGCCCAAGACGGUGGGGAGGUCAACAAUCACAGCUUAAGGGAACUGGGCGAGUAAUAUUUCUAUCGUAAAUAAAAGCUUUCAUAGAGA